GCUCUGUACACGUGCUCUCCGCAUUAACAUCACUUUGCUCUUGUCAUCCAAUAUCCCCGACAUUUAAAUUCAUAUUUUCUAUUUUAUCAUGAGACCUCUGCAGGUUUCGUUCAUCUAACACUAAAGUAAUCGCAGAAAAUAAUCGCACCGUGUGACCACUGGUGAAUCUCUAAGUUUGACCCGGAGACAGAGGACAGAAGUGGACCGAAGUGGACCGAAGUGGACAUACGUGCAGAGAUGUUCGCUGCGGUGCGGUAUAUAUUCAGCAAGAUCGUGUCCCCGUUAUGGAGAUCAGCGGAGGGAGAUGGAGACAUUUUCUCUGGCGCAACAGAUAUGAAGGAGAUUCGGCACCUGAGAGAGAGUGUGGUUACUCAGCUGUGUCUGGACUAUGGCAUGAUCGAUGAUACCAUUUACUUCACCAACGCCGAGGUCCUGGGAGGAAUACGUCUUAAACAAGGAGACGUGGUCAACUGUAUGGCAGCCCGAUAUGGUUCUCAAGGCGGCUGGAAAGCAUUAAGGGUGGAGAAGUUUGCAGAUGCCUGGGAGGACGGGGGGAAGAGCUCUCUGGAGGCGGACACGAUGCAGCUCCGACCGCUCAUUGGCACUGUCACGUCGUACGAUGGAGAAAGAGGCUACAUAAACCAGAACACCUACUUCUCACGCCACAGUCUCUGGGAAGGGUAUGAGCCGAUGAAGGGAGACUGGGUCCAAGCCAAAUACGUCAUUAACCCGAGUCAGUGGACCACACAGGCUCAGUCUGUGGCCCCUCUGCGCUACAAACGCUUGGACAAGGUUCAAGUGACGAGUGUGUAUGCUAAUGAUGGGGUAGUGGAGAACACCAUUUUCUUUAGCCUGGAUUCUCUGCUCCUUCCUGCAAACUACCAGCCCACACCAGGGGACUUUGUUAACCUGGUCAUGGUGGAAAGCACUCAGUCUUUCUACAGCUGGAGAGCCCUCUGCAUCGCCCCUUGUGGACCAAGUGAGAAGUCUGCAGUAGUGCCAUACUCUGAAGCCGACCUCAUGGUCCUUUUGGGAAACAAAGGAGGACUAGAAGUGUCGACUUAUGGAAACUUUGGGGAUUUGAUGAUGGGGGAGCAAAGAAAUAUGGUCAUUUGGAUUCAAAAUAAAGGUCUUGAGACCCAGACGCUGAAAUGCUGUGAGUUUGCCGACUGGGACUCAGAAAAACAGUUCUCUCUGGUCAGCCUCAACGGGUCCAAAUUAGUGCAACAAAAAACACCUUUGCAAGAUCCAAACAAAGCUCCCCCCGAUACCUCCGCAGAAGAAAGUAGUACCACAAAAGAAGGAGAAAAAGAAAAUAGAGAAGAUUCAAAGGAGCUUCUGGUGGGUUUGAGACGAGGGGAGAGAGAGGUGGAGAUCCCACCUGGAGAGAAGCUGCCCAUCAUUGUGGCCUGUGACGCAAAGAUCUUGGGUUGUUGUGCUGAGCUGUUGCUGUUGCACUUCUCUUCCUUCACCAUUGGGAGGCGCCUGGAUGUCACAGUAGGCUCUGAGGAUGAGGCUCUACUGAAGCCUGCUGUCCCUUAUGUUCCUCUGGACCGAAGAGCUUCCUCUGCUCCCGUCUAUGACCAUGUGAUCACUGUCAAUACUCCCAAAGACCCUCCGAAAUUCACCAGAAGGCGUUUGCCGAUCUUUCUCCCAAACUUCCCAGUGCCUCAGGCUCUUAAAGACUGUGUGGAGGGGCAGAGCGAUGUGCUGGUGGUACAGCCCAGUCUGGGGGAAGUGCUGUCUGCGUCUAACAUGCACGCUCGCUUUUCCACACUCCUGUGGCUGGAGGAGCUUCAGGCAGAACAGGAGAUACAGGAGUUCAGCAUAAACGGAGCUCUCCUCAAAAAGGGCUCCACCUACCUGUACUUACAGGUACUGGGGCUGACUGAGGGCCGACCCAGCCUCAAUAUAGGUGACAAAGUAGUUCUAAAGAAACCUGUCAGCGGGGGCAAGGUGAUGGAGAUUAUCAGUUAUGUUGCAGAGAUUAAUGGUGACGAUGUGGGUUUAAGAGUGAACUUUGAAUUUCAACGCAGUUACCUUGGAGAGCCUUUAGAUGUAGAGUUUUCCUACAAUAGAUUGACCUCAAGACGGUGUCACCAUGCUCUGGAUCAGGUCAAACCAUUUGCAGAAAUCCUCUUUCCAACCAGAGUAACUGUCCAAGCUCCUCAGUGGACGGGAAAGUGGUUGGACGAAUUGGAAACAGAGAAAGAGGAGGACAAUGAGGCUCAAGUCAUGGAAAAUGGAAAGAUUUCAAGUAUUUCUAUUGACAUGAAAUCAAAGGCAACACAGACUAAAGAUAGUUCCCCGCCUUCCAAACGUGUUCCUUGUGAAGGUCGUUUUUUUAAUCCGGACUUGAACACAGCACAGAGGGAGGCAGUGAAGAGGAUUCUGUCAGGAGAGUGUCGGCCCACUCCAUAUAUCCUCUUUGGACCCCCAGGCACAGGAAAAACCAUCACUCUGAUAGAGGCCAUACUGCAGGUGUACCAUUUCGUGCCCAGUAGCCGCCUGCUGGUGUGUACUCCCUCCAACAGCGCAGCUGACCUCAUCUGUAUCAGACUGCACCACAGCGGCUUCCUGGAUUCUGCCAGUUUGGCCCGUGUCAACGCUACCUGCAGGCAAGAGGAGUCUAUCCCAGAUGUCCUGAGGGUCUACUCCCGAGCCGGAGAGGACAUCAGACACGCCUCCUUUCACAGGAUUGUGGUCAGCACCUGCUCUAGCGCUGGCAUGUUCCCCAAUGUCGGACUGCAAGUUGGCCAUUUUACCCACGUUUUUCUAGAUGAAGCUGGUCAAGCCAUGGAGCCAGAAGCCCUGAUCCCCAUAAGCCUUGUUUCUGAGAAGGAUGGACAGAUAGUGCUGGCUGGAGACCCUCGUCAGUUGGGUCCGAUUGUCAAAUCUAAAAUGGCGACUACAUUUGGUCUGGGUGUUUCUCUGGUGGAGAGGCUCAUGGCCAACCCCCUGUACUCCCAAGAUGAGUUGGGAUACAACCCCAGACUGGUGACUAAACUGGUUUAUAACUACCGCUCCCAUGAGGCUCUGCUGAUGCUGCCUUCCAGACUGUUCUAUGAUGGCGAGCUGUGUGUGAAGGCGCCGCGCUCUGUGGUCGAGUCCCUCUGUCAGUGGAAGGCUCUGCCCAAAAAAGGAUUUCCUCUGCUCUUCCACGGAGUCAGGGGCACAGAGAUGAGGGAAGGAAACAACCCAUCCUGGUUUAACCCUGUAGAGGUGGUGCAGGUGAUCUUCUACUGCUGCCAGCUCGCCAAGAAGCUCUACGAACCUGUGAACCCCUCAGAUAUCGGCAUCAUCGCCCCCUACAGGAAACAGUGUGAGAAGAUCCGUCUGCUGCUUAAUAAGGUCGGCCUGUCGGACAUUAAGGUCGGCUCAGUGGAAGAGUUUCAAGGACGAGAGUAUCUGGUCAUCAUCCUCUCCACUGUGCGUUCUAAUGAAUCUGUGCCCAGUGAUGACUUGCAAAGCUCUCUCGGUUUUUUGAGCAAUCCCAAACGCUUCAACGUGGCCAUCACUCGGUCUAAAGCUCUCCUCAUCAUCGUUGGAAAUCCCCACAUCCUUAUUCAAGAUCCUUGCUUUAGGUGCCUUCUGGAGUACAGUUUCAUCAAUGGAGCUUAUCUUGGCUGUGAUCCUCCUCCCUCCCUCAAAGAUACUCCAAUAGUUACAGAAGCUCUAAGUUCAUGAGAGGGUGACAUCUCGCAGCAGAUUCUUGUCUGCAAUUUGUUUACAUGUUCAUAUUGUUUCUACAAAUAUUCUACUUUUCAAAAAUAAAUGUUGGAGUGUUGCACAAGGC